AUGGGAAAAAUUUUCAAAUAUGUCCUUCUCCUUAGCAAUCUAACAUUAAUAUUAGGAAUACAAAAUUACAAAGAAGAAACUCAUUCACCAAGUGAUUUAGAUAUUAAAAAACCGAUAAAUGUCACGUACUCAUCAAGAGUCGGACAUUUUUUCCCAAAAAAUGGAAAUGAUUCCUUACAAAGAAAAGAAUUUUUCCAACAAAAAAGAAAAAAUUUACACGGUCUUAAUACCGAAAAUAAAAUCAAAGAACCACUUAAAACUUUAGGGCUUAGCGCUUACGAAGAAAAACCGCAUCAGCGACAAAGUCUAAGAAGGAAAAAUUUCGUUCAGCCAUAUUGGAAAAACGAAUUUCGAAAUCCCACGAGAUUUAGAGAGCAAAAACAAAAGCCGAAAAAUUUUAUUCCGCUUCAUUCGCAAGAACUGUUUCCGACACAGGGUUACAGAACACCCAAUAAUAAUAGUUUCAAUAAGGGAAUUCAAACCGGUAAUAAAAAUUUCAAACCUUCUUUUUUUAAAAAUGUCUCGCAUGCUCAUCAAUUAAACGAACCGCAAGGCUCAGAAAGUCACAAUGUCUAUCAGAGACAUCAACAAUACGGAGGAGGCGGAAGAAAUCCAAAAUUUUUUAAUCCGAAACAAAAUAUAAAAAUUUCUUGUGACGCGUGCAAUAGCGUACCUUGGGUUCCUCUCAUAAAAGUCCCCAAUUCUUAUAGGCAAGAAAGAAAUCAAAAUUUUCAAAAAGUUCAUCAAAAACCGAAUUUUAAUAACGCUCCUGCCAAUUAUCAACCUUCCCUUUCACCUCCACCUCCACCUUCACCUGUGAAUUCACAAAGUUCAUACAGUUCGCAUAAUUCACAAAAUUCAUAUAAUACGCCAAAUGCACCUAAUUCGUAUAAUGCACCACACGCACCUAAUUCGUAUGCUACCCCAAAUGCACCUAAUUCGUAUAAUGCGCCACAUGCACCUGAUUCAUAUAAUGCGCCACAUGCACCUAAUUUAUAUAAUGCGCCACAUGCACCUGAUUCAUAUAAUGCGCCACAUGCACCUGAUUCAUAUAAUGCGCCACAUGCACCUAACUCAUAUAAUUCGCAUAAUUCCCAUAGUAAUUUAUUAUUAUCAUCCUCAAGUCCAUUGGUGCCACCUACUCCUACAAUUCUAGAUGGUACUAUUUCUAGUAGUUAUGGCCUCCCUGCGGGAAACAUUCCUACCGCUCACGGAAUGCUCGCGCCACUUAAUCCAUACGCUCCGCAAUAUCAUAAAUAUGGAGACGAGAUUGCUUCUUACACCGACAAUUUGCCAUUAUUUGCUUCACCGAAUUUAGUCGGUAGCAGUCCUAUUCCAGCCAUAAAUCCCAUUCAAAUGAUCCCGUUUUAUAAUUCCGGUCCAUUUUACGGUGGAACAUUAUUCGAAACAUCAGAUAUCGGACUCGUUCCACCCACUGUAAAUCCUGUAUCCGUUUCGAACGUAAUUUUUACAAUAUCCGAAGGAAAUUCUCACAAUAUCAUUCCUAAUAAUCUGGACAAUCUAAAUCACGAUAAUACUCAUUUAAAUUCAAAUGAAAAUAUUAGCUUCCAGCAAAGUUCAAAAGUUGAACUUGUUGAGUCAUUAGAAUCUAAUAAAAUUUCAAAAGAAACGAAAAGUCAAGUUCAAAAGUUAAAAGGUAUAGAAAUUGUAAAAAGCGUGCCGGUCGCUGAGUUUUCCACUUCGGAUAAUAAUAUUCAACAAAGUGUGAGUGUGGAAAAAAAUGUUUCUCAGGAUUUGGUUCAUUCGCAAAGUAAUCAAAACGUGGUUAGUAAUGAUCCCUCUAGCUAUUUAGUACCUCCUCCACCGAUUUAUUUUAAUAAAACUGAAUCUCCUUUUCAAGAAAUAUACGAUUUUAAAAAAGAAUUAGAAUCUAAUAACUAUCAUAAUUCUUUGGAAACGACUACAGCCCCACCGAAAAUCCUUGGACCCUCUUCGUGGUUAUUCUUAAACCCACCUUCAGCUCCCAAAGAUGAUAUUAAACCUCACAUCCCUUCGAUUGCUGCCGAAUCACAAGAAAUUGCAUCCAUUGUAAAUAACGAAUUUCACUCCGUAUCUCCUCAACCUUUACCGGUUUCGGCGUCUGAUGUUCAAAAACCUGAUAAUUCCCAGGCGAAAAAAAUUCAAAUUAUCAUUCCGUACGUUCGGGACAAUCAGGAAUUGAAUAAGGAUUUCAAUAAAGAUUUUGAUAAAGAUUUGGAUACAGAUUAUGAUAAAGACUUGGAUAAAGACGAUCCGAACAGUUUGGAAAGCGUCAGACACGAAGUUUACGAGACAUUACAAGCUUUAUCAAAUAAAUCGGAAGCCGAAUACGCCAUAAGGCAUGAAGGUGCAAAACCGUCAUCCAGUUAUUUAGAUUUAUAUGAAAAGGAUCAAAUUGACAAAGGUACGGAAAAUGCAGAAACUUUUAAUCAAAAGCUUUUACAUGAAAAAGGCAUAAAUAAAGAUAAAGAUUCCGACAAAAAGUACAUAACUGAAAUGCAGCAUAUAUUGGCAAAAAAUAUCAAAGAAUUAUUGAGUCGGGAAAUUGAGAAAAGCGAAACAAAUCAAAAUUUUCCACUUCAAAACAACAUUGACAACUGGACAGCAUUAGAAUAUUCAAAUCACAAAACUAUCACUAACAAAGAGCCCCAGGACAUAAUUGCUCAGGCUCUUUCGGUUACAUCAAUUCCAGGAGUGUCAUUAUCUCAUGUUCUUUUGCCUUCGAAGAAAAUUCCAGAAGAUUAUUUUUCCAGCACAUCGCCACCCCUAAUCGAACAAUCUUAUAAAACACAUCAUAAGUCAUCAAAUUUCAGUGUUAAUAGUAGGCCGUUUACGGCAAGACCGUUUACGGCUACCUUAACGUCUAUUUUUACAUCUUUCGGUUCGGAAAUUACCACGCCUCAAACUCCGUUGUCUUCGGUACCCUCACGGAAUAUCAAAAAUCAAACAUCCGAAGACAAUUAUACGAUAUCAGGGAAAAGCAGAGUCAAUUAUUGGGGAAAAUUAAAUGAAAAUGGAAUUUCACCGGAAGUUAAAAACCCGUACAAAAACUUUGUGGAAACCACUCUAUCUCUUCAAACCAGUAUUAGUCCCGUUUAUUCGCGUGGCACGGAAAAAAUCGAAAUAGUAACACCGGUAUCGGUAACGCCGAGAAAAACGGAUUCGAGUAAAACAAUACGAACGACAAGACAAAUCCGUACGACGGAAAGAACAAUUUUUAGAAAACCACCACCAUCGUGGCGUCAAAAUUUUCGAACGAAAUCCUUUUUCCCGAGGAAAAAUUUAACUAAAACAAACGAUUUAAAAGUGUCUUCUACAAAAUUACAAGAAGUUUCUAGUUUAUUUUUCGAAAGCAAAAAAAUCAGUGCUCUCGCAUCGAACUCCAGUGACAAUUUAAAAAAAAAUCAAACGAUUACAUCAACAAUCGGUGGAAAAAAAAAUAAUAUAAAAAAAAAAGUUAACAGUAGUAGUGAAGUAGUCGGUGUUAAGAAGUUUACAACUCACUCUACUCUAACUAUAGAUACGCGUAAAAAAAACACAACAAGUGAUAUCAUUAGUGGUAAUCAAUUAAAAAAGACAACAACAACAAACACGAGUGAAGUAUUAUCGAUAAAUGACAUUAUUCCUUUUCGUAAUAAACAACUUCCAUGGGAGUCGAACGUUAACGACAGCACGAGUGAAAACAUAAUCAGACAAAGGAAAAGUCUAAUAAAACAAGUUAAUUUACGAAGGCCUAGACAUGCGUCAUUUCUUUCUACUACUACCAACCUGUUUACUGAUUCAAAAUCAGACUCGGUACAUGCUAAUCAAAACGAAUUACACUACGCGGCCUUGGAAAGUGGCUUAACUAUAAUUUAUGUUGGUAGAAAUUAA